UCUUUCUUUUUCUUGAGGGAAGGGAUUAAAAACAAUAGAAGUAGAAAGAAGAAAAAAAGGGAAAACAAAAGAAGAUGAAGAAACAAAGAAAAGAAUAAGUUUGUAACCCUAACUCUCCAAAUUCCAAUCUGUGCGAUUACAAGGAAUUCCAUCUCUUUCUACCGAUUAAAGAUUUCAGAUCUCAUUCCAGUUUUGUAUUCUAUCUAGAAAGUUUGAUUUCGAAUUUCGUAUUUGCAGCAUCAAUUCAAGUUACUUCUCGAGGAAAGAAAUUGGCGAUUCCAAAAAUUUUAAGUGGGAGCUACAAGUUUCUGAUGGCUACAAGAGUGCUCUCACACAUCAGAAAUAGUCGCCUCAUCAAUACACUGAGGCAGGCUAGCCUUUCAUCUUGUAGCUCAAAUCCUGUUAAGAAUGCCCAGCUAUCUCCUACUUCUAUGGGUUCUUACAUCUCAGGAUGGACUAUGACACCUUCUUUGAGAAAAACCAGUGAUAUCUCUCCUGCAAUGGGGUUUCCUUGGAGAAAUUUGGGUUGCAGUCCAGGAUUAGGAUCAGUUACUGCAAAACCACGCUCUGGUUUCUCUUUGAGCGUUCCUAGGCUGUCAAUAUCUGUACGCUAUAAUUCGACAUCAGGGGUAUAUGCAAAUGUCAGGAAGAGGUUUAGUAAACAACGCAGAAGUAGAGGAGAAAUGAAGGGAGUGUCAGAUAAUGUGCUUUCUUUUGGUAAGUUUGCUCUUCAGGCACUUGAACCAGCUUGGAUCACAUCGAGACAAAUUACUGCCGGUCAGCUAGCAAUCAAAAGGAACAUGCGUGGUGGAAAACUUUUCAUGCGCAUAUUUCCACACAAACCGAUUACACUAAGACCUGCAGAAACGCGUAUGGGUCGAGGGAAAGGAAACAUAUCUCAUUGGGUGGCUGGUGUUAGAGCUGGAAGGAUAAUUUAUGAAAUAAAUGGGGUACCAGAAAGCGUGGCACGCAAGGCAAUCACAGUUGCAGCAUCUAAAUUUCCUCUCAGGACCAAGUUCGUCAAAUCUGCAGCAUAAAAACAAUUGAUUGGCGAACUUUAGGAUGCAACUGAAGGAGAGGGCGGAACUCAGUUUACAAUCAUCAUUGAUAUAGUUUAUACCAAAUUUAAAGAAUGUUUGGUGAGAAGGAAAACAUUUGCGAGAAGGAGGCGUUCUUAGUUUCCUAAGUUUGGUUCGUAAAGGAUGGAAAAUAGUUUCCCAAGAGCGGAAGAUGAAUUUUCUCGUAAUAAUUCGUUUUUUGAGGAAGGAAUGUCAUCUCUCUCUCCUCCCAUCUAUGUGAUUUGGUUGUACAAAUUCAGUCUCUGUCAAGUAAUGUGAAACUAGAUUUAAGGUGUUUAAGAUUGUUUGAAUUCUGCAAGUGUUCUGCUUCUGCAUACCUUGCCCUUGCAUGGUUUAGUGUAGAGCUUGGCUUAUUAUAGCUCAUAAGGCAAAUAACCUCGGGUUACAAACUUACAAUUGCACAAAUGACAUGCUAUGCUUUGCUAUGCUAUGCUUUGGAUAAGAGCAUGAUUAUAUGAAGGACUAUAAGGCCUAUUUUGUUCUUA